AUGUACGGCAGUUCACGCUCUGUAUCCAAACUGGACGUAGUGGGAUCCAAUGGUACAGGCUCGGCUUCUGGCAGCCCCGGCCGCUCCCCGCGCCUGCCCCGCUCCCCUCGCAUGGCCCACCGGCGAAGCAGUGGCAACAUGUCCAAUUCCAACGUAGGACUCACAGGCUCUGGCAAAACCCUGUCUAUGGAAAACAUCCAAUCCAUGAAUGCAGCCUAUGCCACAGGCGGCCCCAUGUAUUUCAGCGAUUCCCCUGAGGACUCUGUGGAGGUGGGGCUGAAUCCGUCCUUGCCCAAAAGCACCAUGACACUGGGCAGGGCUGGAGCCAGGGUGCCCUACGGGGUGCGAGCGGCUUUGAUAGGCAGCAGUCCCAACAUAAACAGCGGAGGGGGAGCGAUGGUGCCCCUGGACGCCAUUGUGUUUGGGGCGGAUCUGCAGAGCCAGCCUCCGCAGCCCUCCACUGUGCCGCACUCCAUGAGACAGGUGAGAGACGGAGCCAUGAGUGACCUUCAGACACAGCUUAGAGAAGUGCUAAGAGAGAACGAGCUUCUACGACGAGACCUAGAAGCGAAGGAGUCCAAGCUGAGUUCCUCUAUGAACUCCAUCAAGACGUUCUGGAGCCCGGAGCUGAAGAAGGAGAGGGCUCUUCGGAAAGACGAGGGCACAAAGAUCUCAGUGUGGAAGGAGCAGUACAGGGUGGUGCAGGACGAGAGCCAGGUGGGCCCCUACACAGCCUCUUUAUUGAUUUGGGUUUAA